AUGUGUGUAAAAAAACAUAUAGAAUUGGACACUUGCCAGAAUGUUUAUGGUUAUGUUAAUAUGGGUAUGGAUUAUGAACUUGAUAAUGACGACAUACCUCAAGCAAGAAAUGCCCUAGUCUUCCUUGUAGUAGGAUUGAAUGGUUAUUGGAAAUUGCCAAUAGGGUAUUUUCUUAUUGACUCAUUAAAUGGUACAGAGCGUAGUAAUUUGCUAAAAACUGCUAUUGACUUAGUAAAAGAUACUGGUGCAUACUUGAAAUCCGUCACUUUCGAUGGAACGAAUGUAAAUACAACAAUGUGUACUUCUUUAGGAGCAAAUUUUAACCUUGAUUCUAAUACUGCAUUUUUUUCUUCUAAUCAUUCUAAAGAUGAAAAAGUUUUUUGUUUUUAUGACCCAUCACACAUGAUAAAACUUGUUAGAAAUGCAUUUGGGGAUAAAAAAACUAUUGUGAAUGGAAAUGGUCAAAAAAUUAGAUGGGAUUAUAUACAAAAACUUUACCAAAAAGAGAACUGUGAAGGAUUGAGGGCGGCUACAAAAUUAACAAACCGACAUCUUCAUUAUUACAAUGAAAAAAUGAAUGUUCGCCUUGCAGCUCAAGUCCCUAGUAACAGCGUAUGUGAUGCACUUUUGUAUUUAAAUGGUUCUGACCCAAAUUUUGAAGGAUCCUUAGCAACAGCUGAAUUCUGCCUUAUUUUCAACAAUGCUUUUGAUAUUUUGAACUCACGAAAACAGCUGUCAAAUAAACCAUUUAACAAUUCUAUUAAUGAAAACACAUUCGAAAAAAAUAUAGUGAUUUUUUAA